CGCCGUAGCCAGGAGUGUAAAGAAGGAAUGCCGAUUAUACAUUGUUAGACCAACUAUUUGUGUUCUUUGCAGAAAAGCCUUUGUGGGUUUUCAUCACUUCUCUUCUCUGGAGCUGUAAUGGCUGAGCAAAUCUGCUUCUUCACAAAGGGUACCCUCAUCAUAAAACCUCCAAAGAAAUCUCCGGCGAUUUUCAGGGUGGUGCUCGUAGUAUUAGCAAUGGUCUGUGGUGUAUUUAUCUUCUCUGCGUAUCUAAACCAGUCUUGCACUGACAGAGAAAAUAAUGUGUUGAAUCUUGAAGUUAUAAAUAGGCACUGUGAUCACCUUGACAUUGAUAGAUCUCAGAUUCCCUAUUUGCAUUAUCCAAAGCCAAAAACUUUUAGCAGGGAUGAAUGUGCCUGUAAUCCUGUUCGGUUCUUUGUCAUUUUGACAAUGCAAAGAUCCGGGAGUGGAUGGUUCGAGACGUUAUUGAAUAGUCAUGUGAAUGUAAGUUCCAACGGUGAAAUAUUCUCUUUCAAAGAACGGAGGGAGAAUUUUUCAUCAAUUGUAGAGACUCUAGACAGAGUUUACAAUCUGGACUGGCUUACUAGUGCAUCAAAGAAUCAGUGUUCGGCCGCAGUUGGUUUCAAAUGGAUGCUUAAUCAGGGUGUGAUGGAGCACCCAAGAGAAAUUGUUGACUACUUGAAUGAAAAAGGUGUUUCUGUAAUAUUUCUUUUCCGAAGAAAUCUACUCCGCCGAAUGGUUUCAUUGCUUGCAAAUUCGUACGAUCGCUAUGCCAAACUCUUGAACGGGACCCACAAGUCUCACGUUCACUCAACUGAAGAGGCUGAUACUCUUGCGAAGUACAAGCCUUUCAUCAACACGGCAUCGUUGAUGCCGGAAUUGAAUCAAACAGAUAUGGUGGCCAGAGAAGCACUUCACCAUUUCAACAACACACGCCAUAUCAUUUUAUACUAUGAAGAUCUUGUCAGAAACAAGACUAAAACAAUGGAUGCUUUGAAGUUCUUAAGACUGCCAGUGAUGAAUCUGAGUAGUUGUCAAGUUAAGAUACACAGUGGGCCGCUAUGGAAGCAUAUCAAGAACUGGGAUGAUGUUAGAAGAACACUGAAAGGAACGGCUUAUGAAGGCUUCCUCCAUGCUGACUAUUAAUUUUGGUAGCUAAUCUGGUCAAAAACUGUGAAUUCUUCAACCAUUUUCUCUCUCAAAGCUUAAAAGGUAUAAAUUAAUUCUAAAGCAGUUUUCUCCUCGGUAUCGAAUAGUAUAGAAGUUGGGUAAAAGGUAGCUAUAAUCUGAGCAGCAUCAAGUGAAGUUCUAACUUUGCUGCAGGCUACCUUUGUGUGGUUGGCUGUUAACUCUUUCUGUAACUAAGUGUACUAACAUUAACAAUGAGACAAUGAUCUGCUGAAAUUGG